UUUCAUGUCUAGAAUAGUUUAAAUCGAAUCAACCCAAAAUUUAAGUAAUGUACUAAUUGUGGAAAAUUGAUAUUUUCAAAUUUCAGAUUUUAUAGUGCGAUCAAUUUUAUUAUGAAAACUAGAAUGUCGAAAGUGCAAGGAAAACAAUCGAAAAGAAUACUUGACUCCUCUUACGUAACUCCAUAUGAUUUGAUUAGGAUUCGGAACUGCAAGACCUUUAGCUAUUGUAAGGACGAAGGUUAUCCUUCCAUCAGGCCGCCAAUAUCUCGGUGUGGUUCUGAGCUUUCAAGACAAUGGCUAUCAGAAGCAGCUGAGAAAAGCUGCUGGGAACGACCUGUUAACAUGGAGACAGACGAUAUCGUUGAGGUCUGGAAACAUAUCCCGUAUAAGGACACACUGAGCUACUACGGCGUUGGUGCCGGAAUUCAAAGCCCAGAAGCAGUUGUUUUUAACCAGGUGAUUUUGAAAUGCCUUGAUGAUGUCAAACCGGAAGCGGCUGCAGUGAAGAUACCGAGAAAGACGCCUAUUCCAGCCAAACCACAAAAAAACCAGACGCAUGGAACAAAUCCUUGGGGAGCCUUGGUCUUAAAUCGUCAGUUGUUGAGUUCGAAAAUUAAUCAAAUGCCCGUAGUGCAAAGAAAGGUAUAUCCAAUGAAUGUAGGCUUCUGGCUACACGGUCCCAGGCCAACUAUGCCCGAGUACCCGUUUCUUGAGAGCCAACCCAAGGUACCUCUUACAAGCGCCCUUGACAUGGAACAACCAGCUCCGAAGCGCAAACACGGUCUCAGGCGCAAGCAUAUGUACUGUGAAUUCCCAUGUAAUAUCGAAGAGAAUAUGUGCACGGAUUACGAAUGGCAGAAAUAUAAAGAAGAUCCUAAGCCAUAUGAAGUGGCCUUUGAGAACGAGAUGGCACAGGUGGAAGAAGAAAAAAUAUUCGAGCCGAGGAACUACGACGAAUUAUACUCGGAACUUCUCACCUGCUUUGAGCAAGACACCAACGCAGACUCUAUCCGUGAUCUUUACAAUAAGUGCUGUAAGGGAAUCUCGGAGCAUGGCCAAGAUGAUCUUGAGGGUGGUCCUCAUGGUGGAGGUAAUCGAGGACGUAGACAUGAAGAUGAAGAUGCUGGCGAAGGUUCCGAUUUUGGUUCAGAUGGGAAAACGGCUGGUGAAAACGAAGGAAAAAGGAAAGGUAAAGGUGAACGAAAAGGAAAAGAUAAGGGUGAACGGGGUGGUAAAAGUAAAGCAGGAGGCAAGGGUGGAGCGGGUGAGAAGGGAAUAAAGGAACAUGUACCUAGGCAGAAUUUAAUGGUACCUGACGGAGAAGGUUCAAUGCCUGAUGGCGCAGAAAAUAAAUUGUUCGAGAAAAUAGAUGGUGGAUCAGAUUCAUCACUUUUGCGCAAGGAAAAGGUACCAAAAAUUGAAAAACAACGUAAAAAAACAAACCGAAGAAAUUCUCGUGGGCUAACCAAAAAACCGUAUGCUGGUAAAAAAAAAAGUUGCACCAGAGUUAGCAAAACCGAGGUGCCAAAAGAAUGUCCCUGUGAAAUUUGCAAGCUUAUGAACCGUCAAGAUGAGCCGGACACCCCAUUCAUUCGUCAAAUGAAGCAGGAAGAGAAACGUCGCCAGAACCGGGAUUACUACAAACAGAUGUGCCACCGCGAAUAUCUCAAGUGGCGGAAGCCCGAGUACCACGCUCCCCAGCACAAGUCCGAUGGGAUUGUUUGCGACAAUAACUUCUGUCAGAACCCCAAGUUAGGGGAGUACUGUGAGUGCUUGGAUGCCAUGCAGAAGCUGCAAAAGUUGCUUGGGCCCAAACAUCGCAUUGUGAAGAAUGAGCUGAUGUUCAAUGUAGAGGAUCUGAAGCGUCGUAUAUGUAGGCAUUUAUGCGAUUGUCUUAAGUAAGAAGCCAAAUCAAAUGAAUUUAGGCCCAUUUACGAAAUAUAAUUGUAAACUGGUGUGACCAAGAGAUUAUCUCAGUGUGAUAGAUAACUCUUUUUUGUGAUUCAAUAAAAUAAACAUGUUUUUGACGGUUGGAUAGAAAA